AUGAGCACUGGAUUGAAACGGCAGAAUGAUUUUCAAGACAAUUCGCAGUCUAAACAGCGUAGGCUGGAGACCUAUGGAGAGUACACUGAUAUCAACAGCAUUGCUAGUAGUGGGAGAGCUAUGGACACUGACUGUGUGUUUCCCAGUAAUCCUGGGACAUCUCGAGGUACAAAAAUGCCGACUGGAAAUGGAAGCAACACUGCUUCAGUGGCUCAGAUUGUGUCUAAAACUACUCCACAGGGCAGAAUUUCACAGGGAACCGUUUCCAAUCACACUUCAACCAUGGAGAAUAGCAGAUAUGGUAGGAAAACUUCAGCUGGUGAUACAAACCCACAACGAAGUAACACUCCACCGAUGUCAAGACCAGAGCCUGUUGGAGUUCAAACUGGUGAUAGUGGGACAGUUUCAGAGCCCAGUUGUCACACUAGUGGAACCAGUUCGGUAGGCAGAGUCACUCCACUGGGCUCUCGGUUGACCACAGACAACUGUCCAAUGUGUAAUACCAGGUUCCCGUCAUGGUAUGAACAGGUGGAUGCAGACCGUCACAUAGCAUGGUGUCUUCAAACUGUCAUGGACAUAGGAAAUGGAAAAUGA